AAACAGUGCGUCUAUGGAAUCUCGAUACCAAACUCUCAGUCGAACCACCCCUCCACCACCAAAAUCAUUUGCGCUCUGCAGCAAUUUCCCCUGAUGGAAAGUCGCUAGUCGUUGCUUGCGACAAUAAAAAUGCGUACACAUGGAACGUUCAUGCCGUCCUCAAAGAAGCUGGCCUUGAAGACUUACUUCUCAUGGGUACAAAUAUUACAGACUAGAAGACAACACAUCUCAAUACGGUUCAGAAAUUCAGCACACACCUCGCUCUUCGCUCGAUGGCAAGUCGUUUUCGAAAGCUGAUGCUACGCAUUGUCCUGACCAGUUUGGCGAUGUCGAUGAGUUUUCAUCAGCAUUUUUUGCCAGCAUGAAAGUUGAUAUUGGUUCCUCCCCAGUGGGUGGUGCACACCCCCAUUCCUCUGUAAAUGCACUUUUCGCUCGCCUUUCCUCGCUCCUCCACCGCUUUCGACCCCAAAAUGAUGCACCAGACGGACUCCAGCAACCCUCCACACCUUUACGGUUGAAUCCGCAUGCGCUCCUAGCUCGCCUUUCCUCACUUUUACCUCAAUCUCGACUCAGCACUAACGAAGAAGCCGAACCUCAUCCCACAACGCCUUUCAGUCCGCGUCCAGAUGCAUUCAUCAGCCAGCUGUCCUCAUUCUUCCACUCUCAAUGGCAACCCCGCACUAACGAGAUGGUCGAACUCCCGCAACACACAAGCAGUCCUCGUGUUGUCGAAGUGGCUGCGGUACGGGACAAGCAGUCUUUGGUUGUCGCUCGGGGGCCAAAUUUCAUGAAAGCAAAACGAGCAUAUGAGCAAACCCAAUCGCAUGGCCAAGCCCAGGCGUCGUCAUCGCACAAUCAGCCUGCCGAUGCCUCAAUAUUUGUGACACCUCCUACUCCAGAUGCUAGCCAUGCCACAGCAGGUACAGCAGCUGCACACUCACUACUCAGCCAAUGGGUCCGGGUUGUGCUGUUUCUCUGCUGUGUAACCCCGUCACAUGCCAGUGGUCAUGAAUACAACGAGCGUUGCAGCAUAUGCGCAACUAAUUCAUCUUCGCUUCUGGCGAUUCUGCACUUAUAUCUUUUAUUUUAUGCCUUUCAGGAUAUCAUCAAUCUUGUUCCCUCGUAGUAAGACUCGUGUAAUGCAUCAAGCUCGAUUAUGUUAAUUGUAACGAGCGAAGGAUAGUGUGUUUCUUACUUUCCUUAGUCUGUU